AUGGAUAGAUUAAUACCGAAAAAAUUGGAAAUUUCAUACAAUUUUGCAGUUAGAAAACAGAGGGAGUGCAGUUUUGUUAAAAGAAAAAUUCAAAAAUCCACAAAACGGGCUAAGGAUACGGUGCUCUAUUGUCCGCUGAGCAAUCCGCUGGCGCCAUUUUUGAUGAUUCGAAGUUUAGCGGUUUAUUCUGAUGGAAUCAAUGAAGAAAUUGAGGGAUUUAAAAUCGAUAUUCAGACCGCAUCGUCCGAAUCGCCGUUUCCAGUCAUUUUCUCAUGGUAUUUCGUAGAUCAAACAAUUCAAAAUAUUCAAGAACGACGAAAAAAACGACAGAAUGAAAAAAAAAUCGAUUUUUUGCAAAAAGAAGCUGGAAAAUGGAUCGAGCGAAAUGAUCUGCUCACGAAACGAGCUAAAACCGCUGAAGAGCAAAAAUUGUUGGCUCAAGCGCUGAAAAUGCCGCUGAAAUUCACGCGGGAGGAUGUAGAUCAAAAACUAAAGGAGUAUAAGAAAAUGAGAGAGGAGGAAGAGAAACGAGAGCAGGAAGAGGAAAAAAUAAAUGCCAAAUCCAGCGGCCUAAACAAGGAUGGCACCAAAAUGAGCAAUGUUAUAAAGGCGCUCCAUUCGACACUGGUGCCUGACGGAGCACUUUCGCGGAAACGAGCCGCCGCUGAUAAGGCGACAGAAGCGAUAGCGCAGAAAAAGAAGAAAAAUCGAUAA